CCUCCAAUUUCCGGCGACGAGGGUUUCCGAAGGUCAUUUCCACAUUUCAGGGUUUUACGAGAAUUUACAGUUGACAAUGGCGACCAUUAUUUCUAGGAGUGCGAAACGUUUACAUUACGCAAACCUCUGUUUCUCUUUUCACCGGAUGAGGUUACACUCUCUUUCUCUUUCGCCGUCGACUUCGUCCUCCGUUCUAGCAGGAGCAAAUCUUCAUGAUCGAGCUUUUCCCCUUCAUUCGGGGCUUGGAAUGAACUUUUUAGCUACGUAUAUGAGGCGGCUUUAUAGUACCACUUCUACUACUGCUGAUUCUCAAAGCCCAGCCUCCGAGAAAUCGGGAGAAUCCAAUUCUAGUGAAGGGGAUAAAUCAGGGAAAUCAAAUGAGGGCCAGGAUGCUGGAAAACCUGUUCGUGGUGGGCCGGUAUCAUGGCUGAGUUUUCUUUUGCUGGUUGCUACUGGAGCGGGAUUGGUUUUCUAUUAUGACCGGGAAAAGAAACGUCAUAUUGAAGAAAUAAACAAAGCUUCCACAGAAGUGAAACAAGGACCGUCAGUUGGAAAAGCAGCUAUUGGGGGUCCAUUUAAACUUGUCAAUCAUGAUGGGAAGCAGGUCACAGAAAAAGACUUUUUUGGGAAAUGGACAUUGAUAUAUUUUGGCUUCACCCACUGUCCCGAUAUCUGCCCAGAUGAGCUACAAAAGCUAGCUGCUGCAGUUGAUAAAAUCAAAAAGGCAGGAAUAAAAAUUGUGCCUAUUUUCAUCUCUGUUGAUCCUGAGAGAGAUACGGUAGAACAAGUGCGGGAGUAUGUCAAAGAAUUCCAUCCGGACUUGGUUGGCCUUACUGGGACUUCAGAUGAGAUACGAAAUGUGGCUAGAGCAUAUCGAGUUUAUUAUAUGAAGACGGAAGAGGAAGACUCAGAUUAUCUCGUCGAUCACUCCAUAGUGAUGUACUUAAUGGGUCCCGAGAAGAUGGAAUUCGUAAAAUUUUUUGGGAAAAACAACGACGUUGAUUCGCUGGCAGAUGGUGUUAUAAAAGAGAUAAAGCAGUACAAGAAAUAGAAAGAUUUUGAUCAACCAAGUUCAGUUAUACAACUUCAAUACGGUUAGCUGAUAUUUGAACUUGUUACUUUUUACUCUGAGUAUUUUCAUCGCUUGGUUUUCACAGCAUUGCUGGCUUGUGUGGACUCACCAGGUUGAUGGUAUCUACAACAGGCUUGCGUUAGUUAUUGAUAUUUGUUUUGUCUUGGUUUCUCUUUUUCUUUCACCAAGCACUUCUUGAACAUUGAUCCCAACUUAUUUUGAUAAUAUAUAUGCCAUUGGCAUACUGUUUUAGCGAUUUGAA